AUGCGUAUCAAGCAGAGAACAGAGCUUUUUCUUGUGGUGUGUUUUUGUUCCAUCCAGGAAAGGAUCCUGAGAAAAGAGUUUGAGGAAGAGAUGGCAGAAGCAGCCAUAGAAUCAAGUGAGGAUCCAUCAGAGGAAACAGAGGAACUAGAACCUCUGGAACCAGAAGACAAUGGUACCUUUCAACAGGUCUCAAACCUCCUCAACAUCAUGGAUGGCGAAUCAGUGAAGACAGACCCUGCUGGGGCGGGACUUGACAUGCGGAAGAUGCUGGCCUCGGUGAUCAUCACGGAGAAGGCCACCACCGAGCCCUCCGUGGUGAUGAAUGCUCUUAUCCGCUGCCUGCAGGUGCCCGAGAUUUCUACUCAGCGCAAAAUCAACAUUUAUAGCAUCCUGCAGGAGAUCAUCCAGCAGGAGGGGGAGCUGGAGGAGCGCUGCGUCCAGAGGCUGGUGGCCAUCGCUUCCAGGGAGAUGAGGGACAUCCUGGAGAUGGAGGGCUACCUGAGGGCAGAGGUGGCCAGUGACACCCUGGUGGCCCUGUCCCGGAACCACUUCAGCCUGGUCAUGUAUGAGCUGCAGCACCACCUCAAGCCCCUCAGCCUCACGGACGAAUUUGUCAUCCUCACCCUGGCAAAGCUGGCCAAUGGCAACGUGUUUGAGUUCAUGCCCUACAUGGGCAUCACGCUGGCCACCGUGUUCACGAUGCUGAGGCUCGCCAACGAAGCCAAGAUGCGUCAGGCGAUCUGCAGUGCCAUGGAGACCUUCUGCGAGACGGUGCAGUUUUACCUGCGGCACCUGGAGGACAGUGUGUACCCCGUGAUGACCGAGGAGCAGUUUGCCAUGAAGCUGUUCCCCAUGUAUCGCUAUUUCGUGACCGUGUGGCUGAGGAACCACAACCUCGAGGUGAAGCUGGGGGUCAUCAAGUCCCUGAAGCCCAUGCUGAGCCUCCUCCUGCCCAACGAUGACCUGCGGGAGCAGGUGUACGACUACAUCCCCCUGCUGCUGGGGGAGUACCAGGGCAGCCUGGAGGCGCUCUUCAUCACACAGGUCUUGAGGCAGAUCCUGGAAAUGUCGGUCACCACCAACACCCCUAUCCCCCCAAUGCAGCUACACACCAUCUUCACGGAGCUGCACGUCCAGGUGUGCUCCAGGGCCCCCACCCAGCAGCAGUACAGCAGCCAGAACCUGACGGAGAUCGUACACUGCUUCAUAGCCCUUGCCCGCUCCUACCCCAAGGAGCUGAUGAAGUUCUUCCUCAGCCAAAUGGAGAUGAGCAAGGAGGCCAUCCGCGUGGGGACCCUGAACCUGAUUAGGGCGGUGGUGAGCGCAGAUGAGCCCAGAAUGAGUAUCAGGACCAUCUACCUGGCCACCCGGGUGGUCAAGAACACCCUCUCUGAUACCCGCUCCAAGGUGAGAAUGGCUAUCCUCCGAAUCAUCAGUCAGUUGGCCCUGUCUGGCUUCCAGGACAGGAUCAAAGGCUGGGGCCUGAAGUAUGUGUCCGUGCAGCUGACCUUAUCCACCUACAAACUGACAAAUCACCGGGAAAGCUGUUACCAGAGGGACCUGGAGGAGAAGAUGGUCCACAAGGUCACCAUGGACACUGUGAGGGUCAUAACCUCCUCUGUCAGUGGGAUGACCAAUGAGUUCUGGGUGAGGCUCCUGUGCUACAUCAUGGAGACAGACUACACAGAGGCCUUGACCCCCAUCUGCAUCAGCCUCACAAACCUGGCAGAACGCCAGCUUCACACCAAGGACGUGGAGGCCAAUGCGACCGGCAAGGGCAGGCAUGUGGACCUGCCUGCACCGCAGAAGCUGCUGGCCCGUCUCCUGGUGCUCAUGUCCUCCCCAUACAAGGGGGAGGGUCGCGGGAUUGCCAUGCUCAACCUUCUGAGGACCCUGAGCCAGAGCAUCGCACCCUCCAUGGCUGAUAUGUGGGAGCUGGAGAUCCCGCUGCUGGUCAAGUACCUGGAAGAACAUACUGAGUUUACUUGGAAUCAGAAGACUUGGGAGGAUAAGCUGAUUCAGUUUCUGAGAAACUCCCUCAAGAAGACCCGGGGUUCCAACUGGAGCCUGCGUCUGAGCAAAGAGCUAAACAACCAGAUUGAGAGCUUCGACAGCCCCUCCCUGGAGAAGGGCUUCCUGUACCGGGCCUUGGGCCUCACCUUGGCCAUGGGCCUGGAGGCUGACAAGGUGGAGGUGCUGCUGCUGGAGCUGCUGUACAGGACAGACUACAGCAAUGACUUCGACCGUGAGGGCGUGAUUCUGUGCUUCGGCCUGUGCGCCCGGGGCCAGGUGAAGACGGUGCUAAAUGUGCUGCACGACUUUGAGGAGAGGAUCCAGGAGUCGGAGCAGUCCUGGCAGAUCGGCGCCUGGCGGAAGGACCAUCCCUGGAGGCGGGAGACAGUGAAGGGCGCCCUCAUGGUGAUGUACAGCUGCGUGGCCUCCUACUGCCACCCGCAGAUGCUCCUCUCCCACGUGGACAACCCCAUCACCACCAAGAUCAUUCACCACUACUCCAGCAGCUGCCAGGACGUCUGCCUCAAGAUAGCCUUCAUGAAGAGUGUGGUGCAGGUCACUGGUGCUGUCAGAAACAUCAAGGACCUGGAGGACUUUCCAUUUGCCCACAAGGCCACUCUCACUGGCAUUAUAAUGGCAAUCAUCAAGGCAGAACCGCCCGACAGCCUGGUUUCUCCCGUGCGGACAAUGGCCAUGGAUGCUCUUUUGUACCUGAGCAAACUGAGGCCUUACUACUCCACAGAGGAAAAUAGUGAACUGAUGGAUAUCGGUAUACAUUCUGUAAUUUCUCUCCAACCUCCAGGAGAGAACAAUGAGUCCAUUAAGACCCUGUAUGUGAACGCCUUGCAUGCCCUGGAGCAGCUGAUGGAGGGGCUCAUGCAGAGGCAGCUGGACCCCAAGGGCCUGCAGGAGAUGGUGCAUCUCCUGGAAAAGUGGAUCUUGUCCGAGAGAGAAUGGGAGCGGGAGAAAGCGAUGAACCUUCAUCUCCACCUCAUGCAGAUCUAUGUCCAAAGCGUCGGUGUCUGCAUCCCCCUGAAGCUGGGGCAGUUUGGCUCCCUGGUUGGACUCAUCGCCCCAUGCACCUGUGACUCCCACAGAAGAACCCGCCUGGCCUCCAUGGAUGUCCUGUCCAGCCUGCUGGAUCUUCAUGCAAGCCAGACCUGCUCCUCCUGGGGUGCUUCCAAGGAGCUGGAGCUGGAGAAAUGUAAGGAGGACCUGCAGGGCUCGGACAUGGAGAAGUUGGUCAGUGCAUCCUCCAGAAUCGCCAAGGUGGCCUGCUUGCAGUUUAAUUGCGAUGAGGUGGUCUCGAUUAUCCAGAAGCUCUGUGAGAACAUCGGGGCCAUGGACCUCCAGCAUGACAAGGCCUCCGUCACCUGGGUCAGCGUCUUCCUCCAGAUGCGGGUCAAGGAGCUGGAGGACAAGGUGGCCGAGAUCCUGGGCGCCAUCCUGGUCCACCUGCCGGUGGCGGACCAGCCAGAGGUGCGGCGCCUCCUCAUCGAGGGCAUCCUGCUGCUGGCGCAUUACCACCAGGAGACCGUGCUCACAUCGCUCCUGCGGCAGCCGCUGCCCAUGGAGAGCCACCUGACGGAGGUGUGGCUGGCUGUGGCGGAGAACGUGCCUUUUGCCCGGACGAUGCUGCAUGGGCUGAUGGGCCGGCUGCAGUCGAGGUUCACGCCCAGGGUCAAUGCCACUUCCAAGGCUGACAUCUGGCGCCUGGCCGCGGUGGACCCUCUGAUGACGCUCUGCACCAUCCACCUUCUCAUUGAAAAGAUGGACGACGAGCUCCCGGACCUUUUCCCGGAGCUCAUCUACACCCUCCUGCUGCAGCUCAGCAGCAGCCAGGGGCCAGAGGCUGUGUCGCCCGUCCUGAAGACAUGGAGACUCGUCCACAAGGGGACCCUCCCCGAGGAGAUCAACCCUCAAAGGGUGGCAAUCAAAUCCAUGCAGCUCUUGUUCAGGAGACUCAGAGGCGACCCGCUGCUUUACAUCCUGGAAGAGCAGGAUGUGUGGACGCUCCUGGAAAGCAGCUCAACGUUCCUGCAAGGAGUCAGCUUGCUGGCCAGGCUGUGCCUGCGGCACGCCGAGGGCUACCAGCAGAGGCUGUCGGAGCUGGUGCUCAGGGGCAUGGCCUCGGAGGUCCUGAGCUGCCGCAUCAGCAGCACAGCGGUCUGUGUGGAGUUCAUGAGAGACCCGAUCCUCUACCGGGAGAAGCUGCUGAAGCCGGCGGUGCUGAUGCUGGAGAAGGGUGUGGACCAGGAGGACGAGGCCCUGCGGGUGCUCUCUCUGCGCGCCCUCGGGAACAUGGCCCUCGGUGCCCCCAGGAAGGUGAGGCAGUACCGGAAGCUCUUACUGGAGAAGUGCCUGUGCUCCCUGAGAGGGCCGGUGAGCCCCAGCGUGACCUCCGAGGGCAUGGAGGCCCUGGCCAAGGUCCUGGCGGAACUGCGGGAGGGGGACGUGGGGUCUGCCUUCGACGCCAUCUCUGAGCGGUGCAGAACCUUCUUUGACAAUGAGAGCGAGCUGCUGCGUUUAAAAGCCUUCAUCCUCUUCGGGAAGCUGGCAAAAGUGGUGGGGAUUUCCAAGAAGCAUUUCUUCAAAGAGGAAGUGAAGAAAGCCUGGGUGCCCCUCAUGCUGCACUGCCAGGACCCCUGCUCUGACGCAGCCCAGGCCUGUGUGACUACCAUGUUUCAGUGUGUGCAGUUCUGGGGCUGGAAGGCCCUGGAGGGCUCCUUGGACCAAAGCAACGCCAUUGAAGCCAAGGAGAUGACCGUUUUCCAGAUAACGCUGUGCUCCAUGCUGGCUCAGAAAAAGCCUGCCGUUCUCUACCGCUUCCUGCUAGAAACAAUGACAUAUGUUCGAAGUAACUUGUCAAGAAUCAGAAUCGCUGCAUGUAACCUGGCAGGGAUCAUUAUGAAUCAUAUGACUGCACAUUACCUGAAAAAGCUGGACUUCCCAUCGUUACGGAAUUCUCUCCAGGAGCUACAGCUGGACUCGGAUCCUGGGGUCUGGAAGGCGGCCCUGGAGACUCUCAAAAUCUUAGAUACCUGUAGUCAGCAUCGGCUUUUGGCUUCACCCAAAGGAACUUCCUAGGUGAUCCCCAUGCAAGAUGUGCCUGCCUUGCCCCGGAGGGCCAAACCCCACUGCAGUGAGGCGAACCGCUCUUAGUGUACAAGAAAAGCAUUGUUCUCAAAUAA